GGCACUUAUCCAUCUCCCUGCUCUCCACACACAAACACACUCUUUCUCUUGGCAUCUUUUCCCUCCCAAGCCUUUCCUCAGGUUUUGCCACCUUCAGUAUUUAAUUUCCGUUGACUACUUCAUUAAUUAAGAUGCUAUCAAUGGGAACGGUCCUUUCUGUAGAGUGCCUGAGAAAUGACAGAUUCCUGCCCCAAAGAGCCUACAUGCUCUAUAUCAGGUAUCUUCAACCUUUUCAGACCCAGGACCCACUUUUCACCCAAGCAUGCGCAUGGGGACCCAUUUCUUAAUCUUUCCCCAUAUAUAAUUAUGGUGGUACUGCUCCCCUUGCGACCCCCCCCUGGACAGGGCAGUGACCCACCAGUUGAAGACCAGUGCUGUAAAAUGUGUCAUAGAUGAGGGUAGUCGAUAUGGGGCUGUCAAGAUACAACUCCCAUCAUCCCUGACCAUUGGUCAUGCUGGCUGAAGCAGAUGGGAAUUGAAGUUCACACCUUGAGGGCACCAUGUUGGCUACCCUUGCCAUAGACAGGGAUGACUAUGUUCAGAGGUAUGGUUUUCCAUCAGGGCUGCACCUUUUGCACACUGGAAAUAGGUUGCAGGGCUGAACCCUGGCUCAAAUACAUUCCACCUUAAUUUAGUACUGUGUAGUGUCCUCUUCCUUAACCCCUUUGGUUACCUCUCACAGCUCCCCUCUGUCCCCACACCUCCAUCUCAUCUUUUGAAUGCAUUCAGAAUUAAUCUGGAAUUUAGUUGCUCUGUCUUCACAAUAGUCUACAUGGAUUAGAGUUCCUCACUUUGCCUCAUAAGCAUGUGUUGAAAGGGUGGGAACAACAUACCAGCUUGAGACUGCAGUCUUAAAUCCACUUAUCUGGGAGUAAGUAAGCCCCAUUAAAACUUGGAGGGAUGCAUGUAAAGCAUAUUGUGCUGUAAAGCAUAUAACUUGGGAGAACUUCAGAUGUGACCUUAACAGGUAAUGUGCUGCAGACCUGUGUUGUGUCUGUUGGCCCGCUAAUGCCAUCAUAUUUGAAGUGGGGACACACAUUGGUUUUUCAACCAUGAAGAUGUAUGCUGAAGAGCUGGGGAUCCCUGAAGCUCUGUGCAGUGUGUUUCUGUAUGUAUGUGAUUUAAAACAUGUUGAAGACUACAGGUUCUAGAGAGUGUGUGCAACAUGGGGUUGUAAUGCAUAGCUGUUAAAAUUGUGAAGUGGCUUGCAAAAGGCAUGUAAGCAUCUACAUCUUAUCUUGAGUAUUGUGCUUUUAUCAUCAUCAUCAUCAUCAUCCUCCCCUUCCCUUUCACUCCAUUGCCCCUUUAGGCUUCUGUUUACUGCCCAUUAAUGCUCCUGUUGUCCACUCACCUUUUCCAUGUUCCCAAUUCCUUCCUUGCACUCAGCAUUUCUUGACUGCCUUAUUCCUUUCUCACACUACCCUUCAUUCCUCACCCCUCAUGUUUCCGCUUAACCACUCUUUCUCUUUUUCUGACUUACCUUCUAUUUUUGCUCUCAAUGGCAUUUUCAGUUACUCUUUCAUGCCUUCUCAAUUUGCUGCUUCUUCAUGCUCCCUUUUAGCUGCUUCUAUGCAUGUUGUUUACUCACAUGUAAGCCCCACCACUCUGGGAUUUUCUCCCUGUAACCCUGCAUAAGAGUGUAGCCCUGCAGUACCAGCCCUUAUGCAUGCUUAUUUAGAAGUAAGUGCCACACUAUUUAAUAAAGCUUGGACUCCAGUAAGUGUGUUUAGGAUACUACAGACUUAAUUACUUUCUUCACUUCCCCUUAUCUCCCCCCACCAUCCCAGCAUUCAUUACCCAAGUGUUUUCCAUUACACAUCCUUUUUCAUGAUACAAUGUUAUAUAUACAUAAUAUUAAACACACAAACAGCAACCUCAAGUCAAACCUUUGUACAAUAAUAUAUUUUGUUUCUAGGAAUUGACUACAGUAGUGUACAGGUUGUUUGUGUAUGUGUGAUAAAGGAUGCAGAUGUUGCAUAAAUAUUUUUUUAAGCAUGCUGUUGAAGCUGAGUGAUGUGUAAGCACUAGAAGUAUGACAUAUAAAGAAGAAAUAAAUAUAAUUCCCAUAUGUUACACAAUGCAUUGUGUAUCAUAUAUGGGUAUGGUACACAAAAAUGCACUCUCUCAUAUUUUGCUUCUUUUGUUCUCCUACUCUCAUUUCAAAACUUCAUGUACCAUAUUAAUACACAAUAUGAACUAAUCCCUUCUCACUUUUGGUUGGUGAACCCCUUCAACGUUGCUGCUCAUUUUUGUAUUUUUGUCAAUUCUUUGUUAUCUCAUGCUGUCUUGUGUACAAAUAACAGUUUUUCAGGUAAUAUAGUAGAGCUUAUGAUGCACACAUGUCUUUUUAAAUUCUGUUAUUUGUUCCUAGUGAAACACGCUUUGCAGGCUUUUGAAACACAACAAAAGCCUGCUAAACCUAUUUAACCAGAAAUUAGCAUGACAGAAGCUGUUAAAAUAGAAAUACUUGCCCAGUUUAUAUAUUAUCGGCUUUUUGAAAGUUAUCUGGAUACAGCUAUAGCUAGUCUGUUAUAUUGGUUUGGCCCUCCUUCAGUUCAUGUUUCACCAGGAUCCCUGUGUGUGUGUUUCACCAACAUCCCCCCAUUAUUCUUACUUGUAUUGCAUUUUUUCUACUGAUCAUUCUGGCUUUUCAAGUACCUUUCCUGUGGUUUCAUCCAUCCCUGCUUCUGCCACCCAUCUACUUCUACUUCCUUCUCUUCAAUACCAGAUUGAGAUUCCUUUUCUGGAGCUGACUUUGCACUCAACCCUUUGAAAGUGCAUGUGCCCUGCAUCUCUCCUCUUUGCUUUCUCAUAGAGCAGAUUUGAAGGAAUUCUAAUAAGCUGGUAGCAGGACACAAUAAGAUGAAACUGAGUAAAGAGACUCUCUGGUUGGAUGUUCGGGGGAAACACUGUAGAAAUUGAAAUGGCUCUUGGGAAAUGGUGGAAGUUUGGUCAAUUGAGAUGCAUGAAACCAAAACUUGAUGAAGUGUUUGAAAUAGAUAGGGUGAAGAGGCCCAGAAGGUCAUCCCAAGUCCAAAGUGAACCUUUCGCCUAACGAUAAGAUUACAUCAGCCUCUCUAAGACCUGUUUCAACCUUUUUAGACCUUGAACUCAUCAUUAACCGCAGCUUGGCACAUGGGACCCACUCCUGUAUUUUGUUUUGUUUUUAACUGCACGUGUUUCUACCUUUACCCUUUCUCCUCUUGCUUUCUCAUAACAAAAAUAAUGCUGCUGGUGUGACUCACAUUAGGUAGGAGAUUAGUGGACUACCACUCCUCAGCAGAGGGUGGGGAUGAACAGUUUGCACCUCUGCCAAAGGCAGGACACACAGCUGUAGUGCACAUGUAGGAAAAGUCAGAAAUGUCUUGCUAGCUCCUUUGAACUGGAGCAGGGGGGGGACGGGGGACACCUGGCCCUGAACUUGAUCACCAGUGAGAACCUGUAUUUGUGGCAAAACCCAUUUUCUCAAAAGGAAAUGUCAUUUUGGCACAUGUCCACGCUACCAAGGUACAUGCCAUUUCUGGUUAAAGCAACCCUCGAUUUCCAGUGUUAUAGGCAACAGAACAGACAUAGAUAAAAGCCCAUGGGAAGCACUUGUGUUUGACCCACUGUGGCCUCUCUCCCUUUGUAUAGUAUGUUGGCACCCAACAUUUGAUGAGACACAAGGAAAAUAAUAGACCAGAUUCCACCAUGUGUCUGUGUUGGACUCUGAACAAUCUCGCUUGUCACGGUGGGUUUCACACGUGUAACUGAGGACAGAGAUUUGGCCCAGUGCCCGCAGUGCUUGCAUAAAGGACUGGCUAGCAGCUUUGCAAAAGGGUGACCUAGUUAACCAACAAGCUAUAGAUUCAAUGCAGUACUUGGGAUCCUUUGACUCUGCUGGCUUGGAGCAAACCUGAGGUUGGCAACAGAUGCUAAUUCAUAAAGCACAGAGAUGAAAUGGUGCGAGCAUUAAUUCUCUGGAUCAGUUCCCCCAUCAAACAGGGAGGAAAGUCUAAAUGUACAGUAGUAGAAUAAAAUCCAGGGUGACAAAUCAUGGUCGCAACACACCUUUUAAAUUGUUUUUUUUAAGAUAUACAAUAUAAAAUAUUAUUUCUGAUUCUGAGGUUUUUGAUCAAGUCUUGCAAAGAAAGCAGUGCACUAACAAUAAAAUUCUAAUUUCUCUGCCAGGCAACUAGACGAAAUGUACCCAGGGUGCUCAUUUUUCCUUACAGUCCCAGGCAUAGUUGAGAUUAGCUCUGCCUGCCUGUUGGACUGUUGUUAGCAGCAGGGAAUUGAAAGAGGACUGCUGCCCCCCUCCCUGCCGCCUUGGUUUCUUCGACACUUGGGAGUUAAGGCUUCUCAUUUGUUUCUCGCUGCAUUGCAAGCUUCUGAGGCCUAGAGCAUGCUGGUACAAGAGUUUCUCUUAACCACAGUAGCAUUGCUUUAUACAAGCCAGCACAUACAAACAGGUUGAAUAAAUGAGUAAAGCACCUCUAAGUUAGUGGCACUUGGAUCAUGAAACCAAGGCUACGUGUGAAUUUUCCCUAAGCAUGCAUCUCUAGCAAUUUCUAAUGUACAAUCAUGUCCAACAUGAUUAUUUCUUCAUAAAUUAAGAGUAAUCUAUGCAAGGCUGCAAAAGUGCUUCACCUGAUUCAGAAGAGCUAGCAUCUCUGCAUCUGUGAUUACUUGGCACCUAAAAUAAAGGGCCUACAUUGCUGUCUGUUAAGAGGUAGCUUUGAAAGCAGUGUUAAUGAAUAAAUGGAUUCCCACCCCCGUUCUUUCCAAGUACGGUAGCUCAUUCCCCCCUCCCACUUUCCUCUGUUUUGUUAGUACAUUUUGUUGCAGAAAACCUGUAGCUGAUGUAUAUUCAGUACAGCCUUAACACAGACUUGAAAACCAGAGGUGCUUCUGGGGAGUUUGCAUGUGGCCAUUUCUUGAAGGGAAAAGGCAGCCUUGGUUUCUUUUGUGGAUGGGUGCAGAAUGCGAGUCCUGCUUGUAGAAAGUGUUACAUCUCUUUUCUACACCAGAAAAAAGAGAGGAAGUAGGGACUUGUUGUGUUUUCUUUUCAAGUUAUUGUAGCAUAGGAGCAGAUCAGAAGUAAGCUUGGUUGUACAGAAGUUGCUUACAGGUGUGACUCGCUAAGUAGAGGUCUAAAGUUGAUGCCUUUCCUGCCCCAGAUCCAGACAAAUUCAUCUGGAAUCAACCCUUUGGGAAGAUUUCUAGUGGGGACAAAGAUGCAGCUUCUGUCCUAGAAACUGACCUGAUUGUUACCGUACUCUGCUGCAGUAACAGAAUUUGGUGUAACAUAGGCUAUAUUCUGGAUACAUUGAAAUAAUGUAUGGGUUAAUUAAUGGGACUGUGGUAUUUUAAAUAAUCUCCAAAUGUCACAUUCUAUCAUUCUGGUUUUAACCAAAUCCUUGAGUGGCUUACAAUUUAAAAAAUCCAGUAAAACCAGUUGGAGCACAUCACACCCCAGUUCUAAGCAAUAAAAUACGAAAGCAGCAGCAAACGUUCAAUAUAUAAACAAGCAGAUCAAUUGUUUGUUCCUGAAAAGCCUUCUGAAUCAGAAAAGCUUUUGCUGAGUUGUGUUUGAAUUCUUAAGACUUACUUUUCAGAUACAUCAUGUACUCAAAUUCAACGUAAAAGUCAUGCAUGUUGUUUUAAAAGAAUUUCAUUUGUCAUCUUUUCAGCUGUUGGACUAGGGAGGUACGGUAACUGUGCAAAACAGGAAAAGAGGCUAGUUAAAGAUAAAAAGCUGAGUUUUCAGCAAUUGUAAGGACCAGAGGAAGGAAAUGGAACAUUGGGGUAAAGAUAAAAAUGUAUUAAAAAAUAGUGAAAAUCUUUGCAGGAAAGAGAAGGCGAUAGAACUCUGUGUCAACCUUUAGGAUAGAUAGCAUCUGUUGAUUUAUUAGUGUUAUGCAAUUUUAGGGAGUUGCUGAGAAGACACUGAAAGUUGUUGGAUGGUGUGUCAAACUGCUGUGUAAGUUGUUUCUUAGGCAAUAGACACAUGAAAAUGCUUUUGCCAGAAGUUCUUCUGCAAUGAAUUGGUUUGUGACUUUAAUUUCCAGAUAAUUCUUUUAAUAGACUUUUAAGAAUCAGAACAAGGAGAGGGGAGUAAUGAAUCUGGAACAUUUUCAAAUGCAAGUUAGCAAUGCUUAACUCUUUUUAUCUUUUUUGUUUUGUUUUUAAAAAUAUGCCCCUGAAAUGUUUACGUGUAUAUUUAAAGUUGGGUGUGCAUGUUGACAAGUCAGAAUUUACGAAUGUGUACCAUAUAGAAAUUUUAUUUUAUUAAUUUUUUAAAAUAAAAAUUCUAUCUUCCCUUCUUCCCGCAGGAACUCAGGGUCGUCAACUGCCAAGCAGUAGAACAGGACAAUUUAAAAUAUAAUAAAAACCCAUUUAAAGCAAUAAUAAGAUCUAAAAACAUGUAAAAACAGUCACAUAUCCUCACAACUCUUCUUUUCAAGGUUGUCAGGAUCUGCUUCUUUUACUCUAAAAUGCCUGGGUGUUUAACUUCCUUGUGAAAGUAAUUAAUGAAGAAGACUGAGGUACCUUACCAGGGAGGGCAUUCUACAAACAGGGAACCGUCACCAAGAAGGCCCUGUCUCAGAUCAGUGGCACGAUUAACAGGGCCUCCCCUGCUGAUAAUAGGACCUGAGAUAAUAUUGGGAAGUAUCUUUUAGAUAUUUGGGUCCCAGGUAGUUAAUGUAUUUGGGAUUAUCUGCUGUUUCUUGCUGUGUUUACAUUUAGUUCUAAGCCUAGGUUUGUUGCUGGAUAAUGGGUUAAACAACCACAGCACUGUUUAAUGCUCUUGGGCCACUCAGUCCUAUACUGAUUUAGGGAAGGGUUCAGGUAUUUGUCAACACCAUCAGGUUGCAAACGUGGUUGCUUCAGGAAAAAACCUUGAUAAGUUCAAGGAAUUCCAGGGACAACAGUUGGGCCAUUCAGUUUAUUCAUAAAAAAAUAAUUAUUGGAGUUGUCAUGAAAUCUUGUAUCUCAAAAGAAAGAAAGUGGAAUUGAGAGACCUUAAACCCUUUAUUGACUUACCCCCCCCCCCCAAGUCUUGAAAAUGUAACCAAUCUGAGGAUGAGGUGAGUUGCAGGAGUAAAUGAUUGUAGAAAUAGGGCCCAGGUAGGCUAGUUCCAGGUUUCAGACAGCCUCCUCCCUCUAGCAUUCCCAGAAGAGGGCCUGCUGUAAAGUGUCCUCUGCUUCCUGAAACAUUUGCAGAUGGUUACAAGAUGUAGAACUUUCUCAGUAGUGACAGCCCUUUUACAGAUAGGUCCACCUGACUUCCAUGUAUGGCAGGCAUGUGGAGCGAAGUUGCUGAACUACAGCUCCCAUCAGCCCUAGUGAGAAUACCUGAUGGCCAGGGAUGAUGGAAGUUGUAGUUCAGCAACAUCUGGAGGGCCAAAAGUAUCUCACACCUGAUAUAUAGAGUAGGUGUAUGUGAACGAAGAGCCUUUCUCUCUCUGAGGAAAAUUAAUCCUGUAAGCAUUGUGCUUGUUGAUCUUUGGUUCUUUUAAAGAAUAAAGCUGUUACUCAGAGGCAGCUUCUUUAACAUGGCUCAUGGUCCAAAAUGUUUAUUCAUGCAGUGCCUUUCUGGGGAUUGUCCCUGUAGGGUCCCACUCCUAUACUCUUGGCCUUCUAUCAGCCUGGGCAUCAUUUCUAUACACUAACAAGUUCUGGAGAUCUUUUGCACUUUUCAAUACACUUUUUUCCAGUUUUGAUGUGAGGAGUACAGUGUACCAUCAGCAAAGGUUGUAGAGUUCUUGUGUGCAUGUCCUAUUAGGGGCUCUGCAGCUGGCUUGCUAUUGACAGCGAUUGUUGAAGCUUUUGCUUUCAGGGAACUUGCUCUGUGCCAAACCCUUCUAUGUUGAUUUGCCAGUUGAGGAAUCCCUGAGCACCUGCCGGUGUAUUGUGCAGGAUUUUGAUGUGCUCUGUUCAUGUGGGGAUCUGGGCAGUUCUAUUGUGCCUUGCUACUGGUCCGCUGAUCAGUGUCAAUAAAGAACAUAAGUGAUGUUCUCCUUCUGCUGCAAAUUGUCAAGAAAGAUUGGCAGAGGUAGCAAGGAGUCUUUGAGGAAUACUGUUAUAACAUCACUGAGGAACUUUGAUAAACUUUCAAGGACCCCCAAGUUCCCUGGAAUACAAUUUUCCCCUGGAAUACAAUUUGCCAAGGCAAUUCCUGGGCUUCAUAUUUGGCCACAGGAGGGGGUACUUUGCACUUUAUUAAUUUGGAAAGUUGCUUUUGGGGAAACUUUCUGUACAUUGGUUUGCACAUAAUGAUCCACAGCUGCACAAAUGAUAAACCAUAGGGGGCUACAAGCUGCAGUUCAAUACAGACAGCUGUUAGUGUUUUUAAAAAGUGAAUAUAUUAUAGCCAUGAUUUUAACGUAGUAGGAGAAUCAGAGUUGUGUAGAAAUGGCAAUAUCAGGCACAGAAUUCAGCUUCUGGGUAUGUAUGUUUCCUUCCUUCCUUCCUUCCUUCCUUCCUUCCUUCCUUCCUUCCUUCCUUCCUUCCUUCCUUCCUUCCUUCAGACAAGUUUCUGGCCCUUAUAAUCAUGCAGCUCUGUUUGAAAGGUUGUGGACCAUACCUGGUGAAAUUUCAGAACAUCAAGGAGAGGAGAUGUACUUUGUCAUAGAGCGCACAAAGAAUUCACAUACUCAAUCCCUGGCAACUCCAAUAAAGGAUCAUAGGGAGCAGAAUUGUGUCCAUCAGACCUGGAGAGCUGUCAGACACUAGGCCACAUGGACCAAUAGUCUGAAUUGGCAUAAGAGAACUUCAUAUGCUCAUUUCCAUUGAUUUACACAGCAUUUCAAUAUUCAGAAGCCUUUUACAUAUUUAUCUAGAUGACCCUUGCAACAACUCUUUGAAUUCAUUCUGCCCCAGAAGCGGUGAUUUGCCUAAGGCUUUUCUCUUCCCCUUUUCCAAAGUUCCAAACAAAGAAUUUCAGUGUGUCAGCUAAGCACUCUUCCUGGUUAUCUUGUGUCACUGUUUCUCUUUGGAAACAUGAGCCCUGGUCACCAGAAAUGAUGAUCUGCCUGUGAUGUGCACAGUAACAUUUCACAGGAUGAAAGACAGGUGGGUCAAGAAGUUAUUGAUUCUCUGUCAUUCCAUUUCAAGCUGUGAUUUCAUCCAUGUGAAACUGUACCCCUGGGCUGGUCUUAGUUUAAAAAGACUAUUCCAUUCUAUGCAGAUCCAAACUCAAAUAAUUGUUCAGUCCUACUCCUUACCACUAAAGUUACAGGUACCCCCUGACCGUUAGGUCCAGUCGCGGAAGACUCUGGGGUUGCAGUGCUCAUCUCGCUCUAUAGGCCGAGGGAGCCGGCGUUUGUCCGCAGACAGCUUCUGGGUCAUGUGGCCAGCAUGACGAAGCUGCUUCUGGCGAACCAGAGCAGCGCACGGAAAUGCCGUUUACCUUCCCGCCAGAGCGCUACCUAUUUAUCUACUUGCACUUUGACGUGCUUUCGAACUGCUAGGUUGGCAGGAGCAGGGACCGAACAACGGGAGCUCACCCCAUCGUGGGGAUUCAAACCACCGACUUUUGCUCCAUACCCGAGAAGUAAUAAUUUAUCUUCACUAUAUUUCCCUACUGUAGAAGGUUAGUACCCAUUUAGAGAAUUGCCUAAGAUGAGCUGUGUUACUUCUGACAGUUGCUUGAUGCUUCUUAGAGGUAAGAAAAUAGUAAAACUCACCUCAGCAGUAUCUGCAGUACUGCUUUGUUUUCUUUUAAAAGCGUCAAACAAAUAUAGGAUAAUUCAUCUCCUAAAUGUGUCUCUGGAAGCUGGCUGUCAUAUAAUUGAUCAGUAGUGCAUAGUUUCAGAGAAAAUCUAAUUUUUAACAAGUGCCAAAUACUAGUGAUUAAUGUUCAAAAUCUGCUGUCUGCUUGUGACCGUAAAAAUUACAUAGUGGGAUUCUCUAUUAACGUUCACAAUGAUUUUUUUCAGAUCGAAUUCGCUUGAAUUGCAAGUCAACAUGAUUGGCGGUCUUGCCCCACCCCCCUAAGGCUGCCUUCUUUGGAAAGCACAACCAGAGAUCUGGAAAACUCAAGCAGUUUCAUUCCUGCCUCUUGUGUCAUUGUAAGCAGUAAUAAAGUGUUGUGCUGUUGGAAUUGAGCAGACAGUUUUGCUAGUAAUGGACGAGGCAGAAGAGGCUUCUUUUGUGAUGUCUUGUUGGCUUGACAGGAUGGUGGGGUAGGGGUGAAAGAGACCAAUAGGGAAAAGAACAGAUAUGGUCCCCUUCAGUUUUCUGAGGCCUAGUCAUAAGGAUUGCAUUAGUGUUUGACAAUCAAUUAUUUGACACUGGGAAUGAGGAGUAUAUUUGUUUUUGUUCUGUGUCCUCUGUGCAGAAUCUUCUUUUGACUGAUAGCCACAAUACUUCAUAUUCUUGUCUAUUUAUGAGUCAUUCCUGCAGCUUCUUUGGAUGGGGGAACCUGUUUUGAGUAGCCAAGCAAAACAGCUGGCUCCAGAGGGCAGCAAGACAAGGCAGUGACAGGAACUGGUUGGACACAGAGGAAUGGUGGAAGGAACCAGCUGGGGAACCCCUAAGGGAAGAAGGCUCACAUGGAACGUAAGAACACAUGGAACGUCAGAACAAAUGAUGAUGAAGUUUGCUUGGGACAACUACAAGCAAUAUGCAAUGGGGAAAAAUGAACUGAGACCUCUCACUAAGAAUGGGCACAUCGGGAACAUGUUUGGAGGUCUCCGGGGAGCAACUGUGGUGGAUGCCUUAGAUACUCUGUAUAUCAUGGAGCUGCAGGAAGAAUUCCAAGAAGCCAAAGAUUGGGUGGAAGAGAACUUUGACUUGAAUGUGAAUGGCGAAGCUUCCUUGUUUGAAGUGAACAUCCGCUACGUCGGAGGGCUUCUGGCUGCAUAUUACCUAACUGGAGAAGAGGUCUUCAAAAGCAAAGCCCUAGAACUUGGAGAGAAACUUCUGCCAGCCUUUAGCACACCUACGGGCAUCCCACGAGGAGUCAUAAACCUGGGCAGUGGGAUGAGCUGGAGCUGGGGAUGGGCGUCCGCAGGAAGCAGCAUUUUAGCAGAAUUUGGCAGCCUCCACUUAGAAUUUGUGCACCUCUCAGAGUUGUCCGGAAAUCCUGUUUAUACUGAAAAGGUGAUGAACAUCCGCAAAGUCCUGAACAGAAUUGAGAAGCCACAGGGACUUUACCCUAAUUUCCUCAGUCCAGUAACUGGGAACUGGGUACAACAUCAUGUUUCCAUCGGCGGCCUUGGGGACAGUUUUUAUGAGUAUCUGAUCAAAUCUUGGCUGAUGUCGGACAAGAAGGAUGCCGAAGCCAAAACCAUGUAUGACAAUGCGCUGGAGGCCAUAGAAAAACACCUGGUGAAGAAAUCAGCUGGUGGGCUGACAUACAUUGCAGAGUGGCGAGGUGGCGCCUUGGACCACAAAAUGGGCCAUUUGGCUUGCUUCUCUGGAGGGAUGAUAGCGCUUGGAGCAGAGCAUGCUGGGGAAGAACAGAAGCAGCACUACAUGGACCUAGCUGCAGAAAUUACGAACACCUGUCACGAGUCUUACGUCCGAUCAGAAACCAAGCUGGGCCCAGAAGCAUUCCGCUUUGAUUUUGGCACCGAAGCAAUGGCCACCCGACUCAGCGAUCGCUAUUACAUUCUGCGCCCUGAAGUUGUUGAAAGUUACAUGUACAUGUGGAGGCUGACGCACAAUCCCAAGUACAGGCAAUGGGGCUGGGAAGCUGUACAGGCACUUGAGAAAUAUUGCAGAGUAGAAGCUGGUUUCUCUGGGAUCCGUGAUGUUUAUACCACCAACCCGAGUCAUGACAACAUGCAGCAGAGCUUUUUCCUAGCAGAGACAUUAAAGUACCUCUAUCUUCUGUUCUGUGAAGAUGAUGUGCUGUCUCUUGAGGACUGGGUGUUCAACACCGAAGCCCACCCAUUGCCCGUGAACCGCACAGACCUUAUCCUGAAGACAAGCGUGCAAUAGGGGCGCUUGCUCCCUCGCGGCUUUCUCUAGUGGGAUGUGGAGGGUUACUUGCUUCCCCACCCCUAUUUCUCCUUUCCAGUAAAGGAAUGCGCGUGUUCCCAGAAAAGUAUUUUGGGGGCGUUCGUCCAAUUCAGGACAGUGUUAUAUCUGGGAGCAUAAAAAAAACUGUGAAACAAGCACCUUUGUGGUUUUUUUUUUCCUCUAUGAGGGAACUUACACUAAACCUGAUAAUGAGGAUGUUGAAUAUGGGCCAUAAUGCACACAAAACCAUGGACGUUCCUUUCUACGGAGAAUUUCUACGGAAUCCACUGACUUUGUUUUCACAAGGCCAAAAGAUUUUGCCAUAAAACAGACGCUGGUUUGUGCCACUCUUCUUGUCUCCCUCCUAUCCUCUUCCACAUACUCCUUUUUAGAUACCGUUGAUUUUUAUCAUCUUUCUAAUUUUCACCUCCCCCCCCAAAAAAAAAGACUUGCAUCCUAAGUGGAAUCAAUGCCAUCAAUGAUCAUAAAAUGUCUGCAAAAGUCUGAAUCCCAUGCAUCAUUUCUCUCUCUCUCCCUCUCUCUCUCUUUUCUGUGCUCUUUAAAAUGUUUACUGAAUAUUGCAUCGGGUGUAAUUCUUUUUUUCUUUUUUUUGCUUUCCAAAGUUUGAAAUUUGUUCUCCCCCCCCCCCACUUUGUUUUUGUUUUCAUCUGGAGCUUAAAUAUUACAAGGCACUUGUAAGGAUUUCAUUUCUGUAAUACUCAGAGAUGUGGAAUAGAAUAAAAAUUCCUGUCCGAUAA